CUGAACAUGGACGUAUUAGACAUGGACCGAAAAUCGACUGACAAGAAUGACGACCCCGUCAUCAAGGCUACCAAUGUGGAGGUAGGGGACAUUUUAGUGUCUGACAAUACUGAGCAACAAUAUAAGAAAUUGACCCGGAAGAUCGACUACUAUCUCUUGCCAAUGAUGUUCUUCUUCUACGGAAUACAGCAGGUAGACAAGACCUCAACUAGUAUUCAAGCGAUAUUUGGAAUGGAGGAUGACCUGAAUCUACACGACCAACAAUAUCAAUGGCUGACCACUAUCUUCUAUCUUACAUACCUUAUCGGGGAGUUCCCCUCUGUCUAUCUGUUACAAAGAUUCAAUGUUGGCUUGGUCUUAUCCAUCUAUAUUACAUGCUGGGGAAUAUGCCUCAUCUGUAUCAGCGCCGUACAAAAUUGGUCACAGUUGAUGGCCCUCCGUGCCCUCCAAGGCUUCUUCGAAAGCAAUAUAUCUCCUGGCUUCCUCCACAUUACAGGCGUCUGGUACCGCACCGAGGAACAUGCCAACCGCUCCCUCUUUUGGCAGUCAUCAGAGGGCUUCUUCUGUAUUGUCUGUAAUCUUAUUUUAUACGCCAUUGCUAGACAUGUUGAAGCCCACGGCGGUAUCGCGGCCUGGAGAUGCAUUUCACUUUUCUUAGGUUCGCUUACCCUCGCCGGUGCAGUAGCCGCCUUCUUCUUGCUCGGUUGCCCACACGAGGUGCGCUGGCUAAGUGAGGAUGAGAAACGCAUGUCGACCGCCCGCACGCUGGACAACCAAGUUGGUCAGGAUACGACGGGUAAAGAGUGGUCCUGGCCACAAGUUAUCGAAGCCUUCAAAGAUCCACAACUCUACUUUUCCUUCGCCAAUUCUUUCCUUGGCAAUAUUCCCAACGGGCAAGUCAACACGCAGCUCCCCCAUGGCGCGGUCUAUCAAGGCAUUACAACCUUUAGCUCCCUCAUGUACGAGACCUUUGGCUUUAGUGACUGGGAAUCCAUGCUUUACGGUUGUCCCAGAUAUGCUGCCUACGUAGUUAGCUUCCUCAUCGUUGGAUUAUACACUCGCAAAGUCAAAAACCAGCGCAUGUGGGUCAUGGUUGCCUGCUGCAUUCUUCCUUUCAUCGCCCUCCUAGUCAUGUCCCUACUCCCUAACACGCCCCAAUACAAGUGGGUUAAAUGGGGAAUGUUCAUGAUGACAGUUGUCUUUUCUAUGGCUAUCUUCCUGGGUUGGAGUCUCAUUCCCUCCAAUGUCGCAGGCAAAACGAAACGAUCCGUCGUGUCGGCCAUGACGUUGAUCGCCUAUUGCGCUGGAAACAUGGCUGGUGCGCAGGUGUUCAAGACCAAAGAUGCGCCCCGAUAUGUCUCGGGAACAAUCGCGUGCUCGGUGUGUUUCGCUCUCGAGGUGAUUGUUAUUUUAGUCUGGAGAGGCUGGUAUAUGUGGGAGAACCGACGCAGGGAUCGCAUUGUACAGAGCAUGGGGAUCUCUAAAGAGGCGCAGGAACGGCGGGGUAGAGAGUUGGGGGCGCAGGAUGUUACGGAUAUGAACAAUGUUUAUUUCCGGUAUACCAUGUGAGCGAGGGAUAUUGGCUCUAGGUAUUCGAAUCAGGCUCUCUUUUGCACAUUCCUCAUUGUCAUAAAGAAAUAUCACUUGAUAAUGAGGAUAAAAUCCUAUCCCAUCUGCCCGAGUAGAGUCUUCAGACGCGCAUCACCCGAAUAUCGUUCCAAAGCGUUUGUCUUCCAAUCAUCCCAACUCAUAUCUGCAUCUACGUUCAAGGCAUUUCGAAGGCCUCGAAAAAGGCCUAGAAACCCAUCCCAGUCUGCAAAGUCAUAUCCACAACAGAACUGGGACCAAUGAAGCAGUCUCCCAUUCCUGACUAUGCCUGCAAGUCCCUUGUUUCCUUUUGCCUCAAGUAUAUCUGCAAAAGUGGAUUCAACCUCGCCAACGGUAUUGACUCCUUCGUAAAAGUCAGAAACUGGGAGAAGCA